AACCAUUUACUGCGUUCUUGGUGAUUUUUCAAAGAGAGACAAAGUUGAGUACAAGAGAACAUACCUGCGACUUAUGGAUGGCGGAACACUAGGUUUAGACUUCACCCCCACAGAUGACUCGAAUUUGAAACCUGACACACCGAUCAUCGUGGUUACACAUGGACUUACUGGGGGCUCAUAUGAAUCAUACGUGAGAUGCAUUUUAGCGCCUGCUUGCUCACCAGUCGAACAAGGCGGGCUAGGCUACCGUGCUGUUGUAGUCAAUUUCCGCGGCUGUGCCGGAGUACCAGUCACCAGUCCCCAACUCUACUCAGCUGGACAUACAGAUGAUCUGCGUCAGGCCUUAUUCUACAUUGCCAACCAAUACCCAGGUGCACCUUUAUUAGGCUUAUCGUUCUCUCUUGGCGCGAAUGUUAUGACUCGAUAUAUCGCAGAGGAAGGUGAACAGAGUCGGCUGAUGUCCGGGUGUAUAUUGGCUUGUCCAUGGGAUUUAGCUGCAAAUAACGGAAGGCUGCUCGAGACAUACAUAGGACGGAACAUCUACUCAAAAGGGAUGGGCUCAAACCUACUCAACCUCCUUAGAAGGCAUAUUGUUCCCCUUACUCAGGAUCCAGAGCACCGUGUUGCGAAGGCCAUAACAUUAACCAUGGGACUAGAUAAGCCUACUUUGGAUGUCUUUGACGAUACGUUCACCAGAAUUGCCGGAGGCUCUAGCCCUCCUUGGCCCUUUGAUACUGCGCACGACUACUAUGUACACUCAUCCAGUCACAAAGUUCUGGGCGAUGUUCGCGUGCCCCUUCUGGCUAUUAACGCUGCGGACGAUCCGGUAGUACGUGACGUUCCUAUGGAUGCAAAAGGUAACGGUUGGGUCGUGAUGGCUCUGACUCCGAAUGGUGGGCACAUUGGAUGGUUCGAGUCGGAUGGAGGUUGGGGUCAGGUGGCGAGAUGGAUAAAGCGACCGGUUUUAGAGUGGUUACGAGCUGUUGCGGAGGAUUUGGUUUACGAGCGUCCUCGGGUUAAACCGCUUCAAGACGUAGAUGGUUUCCUGAAAGAAGUUGGUGGUAGGGACGAUCUUGGGUGCAAGGUCAUAGAAGGAGGUGGCAUCGUCGUCGGUAACGAAGGACAGAGCGGGGUACUUGCCGGUUUGUAGACGCCUCAUGUAUUUCCAAUGGCUAUCAGCACACAGUUCAUGACUAGCAUGAACUAGAUAUAUAUCUAUUAUACAAUUGCUUUACGGGGACAACUACACGACCGUCAUCUGAUCUGUAUCUAAUCGCUGUCGCUAAAGUGCACAUGCUGGUCUUCUUCCUCUUCCUCCAAAAGUCUCUCAGAUCGAUCGUAUUGACUGAAGUCGACUGAAACAGUGCCCUCUUCCAGCAGACUGUCAUCAUCGUGGUCCAAGUUUUUGCUACGCUCAAACAGCUGCCGGCCUUUAAAGAAGAUAGCUCAAGGUUACCGAAGACUGCAACGAUAAGAUAUCGCGAAAAGUUACCUGAUAUUCUUGAUCCCGCCUUCUUCCACUCUUCUCUCUCUUUGCUAGUGAGACCCUUGAGCCGUUCGUCUUCUUCGCGAGCUUUUCUCAGUGCUAUCUCUUUAUCAAAUUUGGCCUUCCAUGCUUUGAAUGAUUCGAUAGUGACAGGGGUUCCACGAGUACGUGCUUCUUCGGCCUGGCGUAAAAAUUAGAAUUAGUGAGAUUAUGGUACAUCCACCUCAAAACUCUGGUCGAUCACCUCAAUGGCCAGACGUUCUUUUUCUGCAGCUUCUCGCUGUUUUAACUCG